AUGGGCAAAUUUGAACAAAAAGAAAGGGACAGACUCAGCACUUUUAGCUUUCCUAAUACAGGCAGUCAAUCUAGCACCUCUAUAAAAUCACUCGGUAGCCCACUUUACGGACGUUUCAGCUCGCUCUCUUCAACCGAAUCUCAGUUUGAUAGUGGCAAACAACCACGUGAGUAUGAAAAGGAUUUCUAUUUUGAGGAGUCUCAUGGUGAAGCUUUAUUUAACCAGUUAAAAACUUAUUCCUUUCCAGGCGACAAGGAUGGAGUAAAGACGAGAAGGAACUCUUCCAUAUGUCCGAAAAAACCCAACGCAAUAUCGCCUUUAAGAAUAGAAAGUAACGAGUACUCAUCACACUCGCAUUUCCACUCAUUGCCACACGAACAUACAAAGCAAGUAGGACGAAGGAAGAGCUACCACAGGAAAAGUCACGCAAUCUCGUUUAGCAGGUCUUGUAAACCGGAUUUCAUUGACGAGUACGAUUCCAUCUCAAGUACAAGCUUUAAUUCAAGAAAAACUUCAAUAGCGAGCUCUUACUUGGACAAAGCAUGUCACUCCUUACCAGACACUUCAUAUACUCACCAAGAAUCUCCCAAAAGCACAAUAAUAAACACUAAUGAACAAUUAAGAAGAAAUGCACGUGGAAAGUUUGGAAGUUUAAAAGAAUUUGCCGAAAGAAAUCACAUCAACGUUGAGGGCAAGGUGUUUGCUCAUAAAUUGGAAACUGGAGACAUAUUGCAACCACUAAUUGAUCUGGAUAUUGACAAUGAAUGA